UUGGCGCGGGCGGUGGCGCGGGCGGUUAAGCGGCAGGCACAAAAAAAUGAUGAGAUUGGAGAGGAACAUCUUUUAGCUUUAAUUCUAAAGGAAGGUGAAUUAGAUCAACAGGAAUGCAAAAAAAGACUGAAAGAGUACUGCAAAAACUUAAGAAGUAUAAAUCCUAAAUUAGAUAAAGUGGAUCAAAAAUUACAAAAAGUGUGUAAAGAAGAUAGAACAGCUGAAGAAAAGUGCACAGGAUUAAAAGACAAAGUCACUCAAAAAUGCAAUGAUUUUAAAAAUAAACUUCAAAUAGCAGCUGUAAAAGAAAUUUCAAAACUGACAGAUGGCGAUUGUAAAGAGAAUGAACGACAAUGUCUAUUUUUGGAGGGAGCAUGUCCAACAAAACUUAAAGAUAACUGCAAUACUUUGAGAAAUAAGUGCUAUCAAAAGAAGCGUGAUAAAGUGGCGGAAGAUGCUCUUUUAAGAGCAGUUCGCGGAAGUUUAACUAGUGAAGUUACAUGUCAAGGAAGGCUCAAAGAGGUUUGCAUAGAGUUAAGUCAAGAAAGUGAUGAAUUAACAAAGCUUUGUCUUUACCAAGAAACAACAUGUAGCAAAUUUGUAUCAGGAAAAAAAGGAAAAUGUGAUACUCUUGAAAAAGAUGUUAAAGCAGUACUUGAAAAGAAGAAUGAAUUGCGAGGAAAAUGUCUACCAUUACUUGAGCAAUGUUAUUUUCACAGAGGGAACUGCGAAGGAGACAAAUCAAAAUGCAAUGAACCUACUAAUCAAGGCUGCAAAGAAUAUAUACCAGAUUGCGAUAAACUAGAAGAAGAAUGUGAAAAACAAAAUAUCAUUUACAUACAUCCGGGACCUGAUUUCGAUCCAACUAAGCCAGAGCCUACAGUAGCAGAGGACAUAGGGCUGGAAGAGCUUUAUAAAGAGGCUGAGAAGGAUGGAAUUUUUAUUGGAAAGAAUCAUCUAAGAGAUGCAACGGCUUUGUUGGCGUUGCUUAAUAAAAACCUUGAGAAACAAGAAUGUAUAAAAACCCUUCAAAAAAGCUGCAAAAACCCUCAUGAACAUGAAGCCUUGGAAAAACUAUGUAAGGAUAAUACUUUAAGUGAUUACGGAAAAGAAAAAUGUGAAGAAUUGAAAAACGAUGUUAACAAAACUUGCAAAAUUCUCACUUCAAAAGUCAUUGAUAAUCGUCUUUUUGAUCCAGUAAAUUCUAAAGUUGUUGGAUGGGGCAAGUUGCCAACAUUUCUUAGUGAUGAAGAGUGUGCAAGACUAGAAUCUUAUUGCUUUUAUUUUAAAGAAAGAUGUCCAGAUGUCAAAGAAGCUUGUAUGAAUGUGAGGGCAGCGUGUUAUAAGAGAGGGCUUGAUGCACGAGCAAAUGAUGUAUUGCAAGAAAAUAUGCGUGGAUUAUUGCGUGGUUCAAAUAAAACCUGGCUUAAAGACUUUCAACAAAAAUUGAUAAAAGUAUGUGAGGAACUGAAAGAAGGAAAUAAAGGAAGUUUCCCAAACGAUGAAAUAUUUGUUCUGUGUGUACAGCCAGCAAAAGCAGCUCGGUUGCUUACACAUGACCAUCAAAUGAGGGUUAUCUUUUUACGACAACAAUUGGAUCAAAAGCGAGAUUUUCCAACAGAUAAAGACUGCAAAGAAUUGGGAAGAAAAUGUGAAGCUUUAGGGAAGGAUUCAAAUCAGAGUCAAUGGCCAUGUCAUACGCUAAAACAACAGUGUGACCGCUUAGGGACUACAGAAAUUUUGAAGCAGGUUUUAUUGGAUGAACACAAGGAUACUUUGAAAACUCAUGAAAACUGUGUAACAUAUUUAAAGGAAAAGUGUAAUAAAUGGUCUAGAAGAGGCGAUGACCGUUUCUCUUUUGUAUGUGUCUUCCAAAACGCUACAUGUGAGCUGAUGGUAAAAGACGUGAAAGACAGGUGUGAAGUAUUCAAAAAAAAUAUAGAGGUUGCAGAGAUCGUUGAUUUUCUUAAAAAUAACACAAAUAACAUAACAACACUGGAAAGAAACUGUCCCUCUUGGCAUACGUAUUGCAAUAGAUUUUCGCCUAAUUGUCCAGAUCUUACGAAAGAGGAUAGUUGUACAAAAGUCAAGAAACAUUGUGAGCCGUUCUAUAAAAGAAAGGCCUUGGAAGAUGCUCUCAAAGUAGAGCUUCGAGGAAAUUUAAACAAAAAUAAAUGCGAAUCAGCAUUAAAAGGAUAUUGUACACAAUUAGGAAAAUUAAAUAAUGAAUCUAUCAGAAGUUUAUGUAAAGAUAACACCAAGAAUAACCUUAAAAAGAAUGAUGAAGAUGUUAGGAAGGAACUCUGUGAGAAAUUAGUAAAAGAAGUGGAAGAACAGUGCAAAGCAUUACCAACAGAACUAGAACAACCGACAAAAGAGUUAGAAGAAGAUUCUAAGACAUAUGAGGAACUUAAGAAACAGGCAAAGGACUCAAUGAACAAGUCCAAUCUUGUUUUAUCAUUCGUUAAGAAAAACGGAAGUAAUACAUCGAAAAAUAAUAGUAAGAGCAAGGAUAAGAAUGCCGUUUCAAACGGACUUCAAGAUACCACAGAACAUGUGAAAAUACUACGGAGAGGAGUUAAGGAUGUAUCCGUAACAGAAUCGGAAGCUAAGGCAUUUGAUUUGGCAGCAGAAGUAUUUGGAAGAUAUGUAGAUUUGAAGGAAAAAUGUGAGAAAUUGACCUCGGAUUGUGGGAUCAAGAAAGAUUGCAAAGCCUUAGAAAAUGUGUGUGAAAAGAUACAAGGAGUAUGUUCGAAACUAAAACCACUGAAAGUGAAGCCGCACGAAAUAGUCACAGAAAGCACAACAACGACCACGACGACAACAACAACCGUUACCAAUCCGAAGGCAACAGAAUGCAAAUCCUUACAGACAACAGACACAUGGGUUACACAGACAUCGACACACACGAGUACAUCUACCAUCACAUCUACGAUUACAUCAAAAAUAACACUCACAUCAACGAGGCGGUGCAAACCAACCAAGUGUACGACAGGGGAUGAUGCAGAAGACGUGAAGCCAAGUGAAGGCUUGAGGGUGAGCGGGUGGAAUGUGAUGAGGGGGGUGAUAGUAGCAAUGGUUAUUUCGUUCAUGAUUUAG